AUGUAUAAUACACAAAAUCUCCACCGUACACUUCACUACAUCCAGUCGGUGUCGAAUAAGAAAAUUGGGAACCAUGCGAUUCAGUUCAAGGCCGUGACUACUAACAGAAUCCACAAGGGGCAUUCCAUGACUUUGAAAGCUUCCGAAGAAAUGAACACUCGGCAGGGUUCUUGUAGUGUAUUAUUCGCGACGUCAAGAAGCCAGAAUUCAGUCGCGAAGAUCGCGAUUGCUCGGAUUUUGGGCUUUUUGACGGGAUCGUCUCCCAUCACCUUGGUCAUCAUAGCCGUCGUGCUAAUUAGGCGAUAUCCGCCGCAUAUCUGA